UUUGAUUUUUGACGCAAGCAAGCAAACCCAGAAUUCUGUUGUGAACCAAAUCGGAAACAUCCGCCCUCAAAAUUAUACUCACAACACCACCGUCUUCCACCGGCGUUCAAACGAACUCCGCCGUCACUUUUCCGGUGACUCUCCCAUCUUCACCGAUUCAUCAACCAUAUAUUAGUAAAAGGAACAAAGUAAAGUGAUAUGAAAUACGGAUUAAACUUAAGAGGACCUUCCUCCCAACAAAAGAAGCAACCUGUCAAACUUCCUCGCCCUUCUGCGCUUGGGUUUGGUGACGACGAUGAUGAUGAUGUUGAGAGAGAGAUUUCUCGACAGGCUGGCAAGAACAAGGCUCUUAAGGAUGUAGAGGAGCAACAUAAGAAAGCCUUAGAGGAGGAUCCGUCGGUAUUUGAUUAUGAUGGUGUAUAUGAUGAGAUGAAGGAGAAAGCAGUUCGUCCUGUAGCACAAGAUAGACAGGAAAGGAAGCCAAGGUAUAUUCAAGCAUUGAUUGAUAAAGCAAAAGAGCGUGAGCGAGAACAUGAGAUAAUAUAUGAGAGAAAGCUUGUCAAAGAGAGGACUAAAGACGACCACCUUUUUGGGGACAAGGACAAGUUUGUGACUAGUGCUUACAAAAGGAAACUCGCAGAGCAAGCAAAAUGGUUAGAGGAAGAACGUUUGCGUCAACUUCGGGAGGAGAAAGAAGAUGUCACUAAAAAGGGUGGUGAUAUGACCGAUUUCUACUUCAGCUUGUCAAAAAAUGUCGCCUUUGGAGCACCAGAUGGUGAGUCAACAAAACCCAACAAGCACAGAGAAGAGUCAAAGAUUCACAAGCCAGAAGGAAAUGUACCAUCAAAAAUGGAGUCAACGAGUGCUCCAGAAAUAAAUCAGGGUGAAACAUCUGCGGCAUCCAUGGAAAAAUCUGAUAUCGUUGAAGCAAAACCUAUUCCUGAUACUCGUAAACAAGAAGUGUCUAAUGAUCCCCCAAAGCAAGAAUCUGGAACCGGAGGUGUGGUUGCUCAAUCUCCAACAGAUCAUCAUAAAAGAAAUCAGGAUGCUUUGGCUGCUGCUAAAGAACGGUUUCUCGCGCGAAAGAAGACAAAGGUUGUUGGUUAAACCGUUAAUGUAAUGCUAUACCAGGAGAAUGUGGUUUUGAAGCUGAAGAUUUUUAGAUGGUGUCAUAUUGUUAAUUUCUAUAUAUGGUUGAACGGAGGCAAUUCAUCUUUGUACACCUAUGUUUGGUUCUCUUAUAUAUAAAUCUGAUUUUCUCAAA